CGUCUUGGGGGCCUGGGGGAGCCCCUACGAGGCACGCCAAGACCUAUAAAAAAGGCCCCAUUGUCUGAGAAGGCACCAUAGGCUUCAGAGAGGUCAGACGACGUAGUACACCAUGAAGGUCAAUAUGCUGUUUCUACUGCUUGGCGUUGUUGCCUGUGCAGCGGCUGCUCCUCAGUUUGGUUCCGACAACCAACAGCCCAUGCCGUACAGCUUCGCUUACGGCGUGAAUGCUGGAAACACAGGCGAUCGCAAAGAGCACAAGGAAACCGUUUCACCCUCUGGUGUGACUGAAGGAGAGUAUAGGUGGCUUCAGCCAAAUGGUCUGUACAGAAUAACGCGGUACACAGCCGAUGGUGCAGGAUAUCGAGCAGCCGUUAGUGAGGAGCCAGGGGAACCGGUCGCCAAUUAUUAUACGAAUUCCUUACUGGAGGCAGGGUCCUCCCAAGGAACUUUCACUGGUCAGGGAAUUCAACAGGGAGCUAGUAGAUUCCAAACAUUAAACCAGGGUCUCAGCAACAUACAGUCUGGAAAUCAAGGACUCAGCGGGCCUCAGUCUGGAAAUAGAAACUUUGGCAGCUCCGUGUCCGGAAACCAGGGUUUCGUCGGACAAGACUCUGGAAAUAGAGGUUUGAAUAGCUUGCAGUCAGGAAAUCUAGCCUCCGGCAGCUUCCAGUCAGGGAAUCGAGCCUCCAGCAGCUUCCAGUCAGGAAAUCGUGCCUCUGGCAGCUUCCAGUUAGGAAACCAGGCUUCAAGCAGGCCACAGGCUGGAAACACAGGAUUCAGUAGCUUCCAGUCCGGAAAUCGAGACUCCAGCAGUUUCCAGUCCGGAAAUCGAGGCUCUGGCAACUUCCAGUCAGGAAAUCAGGGUUCCAGUAGGCCACAGGUUGGAAAGACAGGAUUCAGUGGGUUACAGUCCGGUAAUCAAGCUUCCAGUAGUUUCCAGUCAGGGAACCGAGCUUUUGGGAGCUUCCAGUCAGGAAAUCGAGGUUCCAGCAGCUUCCAGUUAGGAAACCAGGGUUCCAGCAGAUCACAGACAGGAAACACCGGAUUCAGUAGCUUCCAGUCCGGAAAUCGAGCAUCCAGCGGUUUCCAAUCAGGGAACCGAGCCUCCAGCAACUUCCAGUCAGGAAACCAGGGUUCCAGCAGACCAAGGGCUGGAAACACAGGAUUGAGUAGUUUCCAGUUUGGAAAUCAAGCUUCAACCAGCUUCCAGUCAAGAAACCAGGGUUCCAGCAGACAACAAGGUGGAAACAGAGGAUUCAGUAGCUUCCAGUCCGGAAACCAGGGUCCCAGCAGACCAAGGGCUGGAAACGCAGGAUUCAGUAAUUUCCAGUCCGGAAAUCGAGGGUCCAGCAGCUUCCAGUUAGGAAACCAAGGUUCUAGUAGACCACAGGUUGGAAACACAGGAUUUAGUAGCUUCCAGUCAGGAAAUCGAGCCUCCAGCAGUUUGCAGUCUGGAAAUCAGGCCUUUGGUAGCCUACAGUCAGGAAAUCGAGCAUCUGGCAGCUUCCAGUCAGGAAAUAGAGCCUCCAGCAGCUUCCAGUCAAGAAACCAGGGUUCCAUUAUACCACAAGCUGGAAACAGAGCAUUGAGUAGCUUCCAGUCUGGAAAUCGAGCUUCAAGCAGCUUCCAGGCAGGAAACCAGGGUUCCAGCAGUUCACAGGCUGUAAACACAGGAUUUAGUAGCAUCCAGUCCGGAAAUCGGGCCUCGAGCAGCUUCCAAUCCGGAAGCCAGGUCUCCAGCAGACCACAGGCUGGAAACACAGGAUUCAGUAGCUUACAGUCUAGCAAUCGAGCCUCUGGCAGCUUCCAGUCAGGAAAACUGGGUUCAAGCAGACCGCAGGAUGGAAACACAGGAUUCAGCAGCUCUCUGUCAGGAAAUCGAGCCUCCAGUAGCUUCCAGUUAGGAGACCAGGGUUCCAGUAGCUCACAGGGUAUAAAUAGAGGAUUCAGUAGCUUCCAGUCCGGAAACCAGGGCCCCAGCAGUACGCAGACUGGAGAAAUUGGAUUUGGUAGCUUCCAGUCCGGCAAUCGAGCCUCAAGCACAACAGACAGUUUCCAAAACCAGUUUUCUAGCAACGAACUGAGCCAGAGUCAAAACCAAGGUCUCACUGCCUUAUCUGAUUCCCAAAACCAAGAUAUCACUAACACCCAGAACUUCCCGUCUCAAAGCGCUUUCCAGUUACAGAGCCCUAGUAUCCCACCAAGCUCUCAGUCACAGAGCUCCAUCAGUGGGGAAAAAUUCCAGAGCCUAGACAUCUCCGGAUCACAAACCUUUUCCAGCCAAGGAAACUUUGUAGAUGGCGGGGUCAUUGAUGGUGGUAUCAUUGAUGGAGGGAUUAUAGACGGUGGUAUCAUUGACGGUGGUAUCAUUGACGAUGCUUCCAGCAGCAUCCUUAGUUCCAGUUUCACCCAGGUCGGUUUGGAAGAGUCCGGUGCCAGUGGGUCUUCCAGCAGCGACAUCAACAGAGGAAUCGCCGUCGUUUCAGUUUCGAACCAGAAUCGAGCGAGCAGUUAAACGACAGCUCUUUCGUUCUUCCGUUUCAUUCGAUGAUUCUACGUCAUGAAUUUACAUUCUAUUUUUCUAACAAAAUUGAUGGAGAUCAAUAAAAUAAAUUGAAAGAA